CUACCAGUCAGCGUUAAAAAUCCCUUCUCUGUAUUAUUAGAAUAAUAAAAGAAUCUCUCUCUCUAUCUGUUUUCAUCACCACUACAAAAACCCUAGAAAUCCUCUGCAAUUCCUCAAACGAACAUCUGGUCGUCUCAAAAAACCUCCAGAAAGAAAAACGAAAAAAAUCUCAAAUUCCAUAAUAAACCUCAAUCGUUCCUUCGAUUUUUUGUGUUCCCAGAAUGAAGGAAGGGAAAUCAGUAAAAUCCAAUAUCAAGCAUCCAAACGGACAAUCCCACGAUUCUCCCUUCAAAUUCUCCAAAUUGUUAGAUCCAGAAGCUUCUUGGGACAAGGAUCAAUUGGGAGAUGCUCUACAUUGGAUCCGGCAAGUUGUAGCCCUCAUAUGCGGAUUGCUUUGGGGUGCGGUUCCUUUGGUUGGGGCCAUGUGGAUAGUUGUAUUCUUGGUGCUAUCUUCUGGGAUUGUUUAUGGGUAUUACGCGCUCAUACUGAAGAUUGACGAAGAAGAUUUUGGUGGCCAUGGAACACUUCUUCAAGAGGGACUCUUUGCAUCCUUUUCCCUUUUUCUGCUUGCCUGGAUUCUAGUAUACAGCUUGGGGCAUUUCUGAUAGGUUCUGCUGACUUGUUGGCCAUUUCACAGCAAUGACUUCUCUCUGUUUCCUAUUUCACCACCAAUUGCAUGAUUUUACUUGGUUGUUUGGGCCCGGAAUCUUCGGGCCCUUAACCAAAAGAGAAAAAAAGAAGAAAAAACCUCAUCUGGGGCCCAAUCUUUUGUCAGUGCUCAUCCGCGUUGCCAAUUUUUCAUUGAAUUUUGAUUUCCCACUUUCAGAUUGAUUUCUUUUAACAUUGGAAGGUUGGAUAACACACGUUGCGAGUCAGCUAAAAUUUUCAUUUUGUACGA